GGGCGGCUUGGUCAGGUACCAACCGGCGAGGGCAAAACUAUGAUUGUAGCAAUUCUUGCAGCAAUCCUGGCGCUCCGAAAUCAGACGGUGGACAUUAUUACAGCGUCUGAGGAGCUAGCAAAGCCGGCUGCCGAGGAAAUGAAAGAGUUUUUCGGUCUAUUUGGUUUUUCGGCGCCUGCUAUUGGUGAAAACACAAGCUGGGGGAGCCGCAUUGUCUAUGGAGACGCCGCCCAGUUUCAGUUUGCGGACCUUCGCUACCGCUUUGCAGAAGAGCAUCAGGAAGGCGGAGGUCGAGGUGCCGAGAUGCGUCCGUACCAAGUGGCCAUCAUAGACGAGAGCGAUUCGCUAAUGGUGGACGGCAAGGGGUCGCAGGCUCUCAUAGGCAGCUCUGCACCGGGGGCGCACUACCUACAAAAUUUCAUCACAGUUGCCUGGGGCAUAAUGCUCAACGCCAAAAAGAACUUACACAUAUGCAAGGUAACAAAACGAGCGAUAUUGUGUGGACAUCAGUGGAUAUUUAUCCGUGCGCACCACAACCACAGUUUCAAUUUAAUCGAGUCCCGCAGCACGCGAGGAUUUGAGAGAACCUGUCAUGAUAGAUAUAUCAUUCAUUCCUAUUGAUUUGUCGUGUUUUUUCCACGUAAUGCAUGUUACGUCACUCAAUUUCCGCACUCCGCGAAAACGACUUCUUCUGCCCUUUGCCCAUUUGCAAUUUCUUGCUGCUGUCAUUUGCUCCGCAUGUCUGCAUGGGGGAAAAAAUCAUCGAGGAUGCCAACUCGCAAAAAGUUGGUUGUGGGCGAGGAUGCCACGAUAUCAGUAGGAGUUUUUUCCGCUGCACAGACGCAGUUCGACGUUCCUGGGUACGGAACAUUAACUUUUGAGCUUCACCCGCAGUUCCCGCCUUGCGGGAACGAUUGGAUGGCAUUCAAGAAGGAAUGGAAGAAAGUAGUCAAGGCCAGCCAAGGCUCUAGCUCUCCGGCACCGGCAGGCUCGCCCGGAAGCUCUUCGACUAGUGGCGCAGGCCCGGAGAGUGACGUUGACCCAGACGACGUCGUGUUACAGCAAAUCACUCCCAUCGAGCAUCUGGGCCUAGAUCCGACAGACACCAGUAAAAAGCCUCUGUACAAAGAUUGGACAAAUUACCUGAGCCAGAAAAUUGAAGCCAUGUUGCGGCAGGGCGUCCGCGACUUUGAAUACCACGAGAACAGCUUACUGCCUGGCAAAAAGCUACCUGAUGAAAUGAGAAAGGAAGCUGAAGUACCAGACAGAAAAGUGUCUCCAUAGCUUUAAAACAAAAUAAGUACUUUUUUCUUUCGCAAAGUGCUCGUCUAUCUCCCAUUUCUAUUCACGGCGAUAGGAGAAGUUUGGUCCUGACACGGGAGCGAACUCAAUCGCACAAGCAGGUCCAUGAGGAUGAGCUACCAGCCAUGUAUGUCUAUAUAAAAAUCCAGAUGCAGAUGAAGAUAUAUAGCAAAGUCACUGUACUACCUGUGUAUGUGCGAAAGCUGCACAGCAACGCUGUAGUUCUUUGCUUGCAUUGCAUACAAGAUUUGCAACGCACUGUUUCUUUGAACAGCAGCAGCAGGGUCAUAUUUUGUGUUUUCUGCAGUGCGGACACUUUUCGCCUCCCUAUGCAGACGCGGACGAUCCCGGAAAGCCAGACGCUAAGCCAGUUCCACGGAUUCAUCACAUGAGGCACCAUCGAGACUACAUCAUUCGCGCAGGAAUCGUUCAGUGGGCAUUAGCGUCGGUGGAUGCCAUGUACCGUUUGGAACCGGAGGAGCAUUACAGGUUGAAGAACGGACCGGGAGAGAUCAAGCUCGAGUUGAUUGACAGUACGAACACAGGGUGUAUCUCAGACACCUCACAGUACACCGGCGGUCUCGCCCAGUUCUUGCAACUUAAGCACGGCCUGACGAUCACCUCAAAUGGAUUCACGACGAAUUACGUGUCCAAUGCUGGAUUUUUCAAAAAGUACGAGAAGAUCUUCGGCCUCACGGGGACGCUUGGCGAUGCAGAGACGAGUGACUUUCUGGGCGACACCUACAAGUUGGACUUUUUCUUUGUGCCAGGCUUCAAGUCAAAGCAGUUUCACAUGCUCCGCGGAAUUUUCCAUACCACAGAAAAGGCGUGGACGGAAGCCGUUCUGCAGCAGACUUUGGUGCAGGCAAAACUAGGGCGCGCCGUCCUGGUGAUUUGCAAAUCCUUAAAAGUUGCUAAGAAGUUUCAUAACCAGUUUACAAAGAAGAUUGACGAACCGAAUCCCCAAGACGUACUCACCGCAACCGACGCUGCGCUGCAGCUGUCCCUCUACACGGAACAAUCCGAACGAGCAGCGGCGGCAGGGUCUGGCGACCAGAAACGAAAACUCGAGCCCGGCACCAUUAUUGUGGCAACCAACAUCGCAGGUCGCGGCACGGAUAUCAACCUCACCGACGAGGUCGAGAAGAACGGAGGCUUGCACGUCAUCAUCACCUUCCGCCCCCUGAACGACCGGGUCCAACAACAAAAUGUUGGUCGCACCUCCCGCACGGGAAACAGAGGCACAGCGCAGUUGAUACUU